ACCAACCUCAAACCGCAGCCCAAGUGUCAAGCCCAAAGCCCUCCUACUGGAAGUCGGACUCCUGUCGGCCGUGGUCGGCUCCCGUCGGCAUUCCACGGACUCGUGCAUGGCCUCCGGAUUCGUGGCCGCCUGACAGGGCCCCAAAACGUUUUCGGGCGCUGCGCUGACAACAUCCUCGCAGGACCAACGAGCGGACGGUGCGUCCACGGAGCCUCCUGCUCUCUGUAUCUAUCGUUAUCCUUUGAGCCUUUACAGCCGUCGACUGGAGCCUUCGAAAAUGUAAACAAAAGCAACGCAGGCGCAGCAGUUCGGAUCUCUCUUCCACUCUCUUCAAGCAGUUCUUGGAGCCUAACCGAGAGAGAGCCCCAAAGGAGCAAGCGAGCUUCCAGGCUCGCAUCCUGCUCGGAAUUCGAGAAUCCGAAAAUUCGGAAAUUCGGAAAAUUCGGUUUUCGAUUCGACGGCGGUUUCGUUUUCGGCCUUCCAGCUCAGAACCUGGUCGGGCUGGCUAGCGCUCACAUGCCCAGCGGAGUGCGCAGCGUGCCGUAGUCCAGCUGCAGAAUCUGCUCCCUUUAAAGCUGGCCACUCAGGGAAACUUUUCCACACUCGAGCCCUCACACCGCGAAACACCGGAACGGAACGGAGAAAUCGACGGCGGAAAAACGUCAGACAAAUGGCCAGGCAUAGCACCAUUCCCACUAGGAGCCAGCGCAGCAGUAGCAGAAGUCUAAAGCGCCAGGACGAACCGUGAAAUUGAGCCAGAAGGCGUGAAAAUAUUUAAGAAAAAAAAAUAAACAAAUCUUGGUGGGUGUAAGAAAAACCCUAAGGAUAUAAAAUGGAAGUGAUGCGGCUUCUGAUGUCCACGCCAGAAGCGGAAGUAGCAGCAGCAGGGGGAGAUUCUAAGGAAACGGCAGCAGCAGCAGCAUCGCCAACGCUAUCGCUAUUAUCCUGAAUUCGCGCCCCGAUUUCCCGAUUUUUUCCGCUUCGCUCCGUCUCUAUUUUCGCGGCGCUCCGUUCCGCGUUAAUUGUUAUUUAUGUAUAGUGUGUAUAUAUAUAUAUGAUGUUCGUGUGAUAUAAGCGGAUCACUAAGAUCUGGCAAGAGAGCAACCAAAAAUUAACAAAAAAAAAAAAAAAGAAGACACUCUUAACCAAACUCAGUCUUAAUCAAAAGCGUACAACGACAACAAGCGGUUUUGCAAGUGAAACAAAACAACACCAAACCAAAACUAAAACCAAAAUCUAAACCAAAUCAACCACAACAACAUUCCAACGGGUCCAAUGUUGCAGCCAACAACAUGCAACAAACAGCACCAGCAGCGGCAGCAACCAGCAAGGGCAGCGACGGCAGCGGGAGAUUCAGGAUCGCAGGAUCAAAGGAUCACAGCUAAAGAUCAUGGAGCCUUAGAAACAGAAACGGAAACUGCAACUGCAACAGCCAUAUACCGCAAGAGCAGCAAUUUUUGGUGUCAGAGCAACAUGCUGCCCGUAAGCUGCAACACCACAUGCAGCAGCAGCUGCUGCAGCAGCAACAGUAGCAGCACAACGAUAGACUUCAACAGUCGCCGUCGAAGGGGCCGUCUACGAGGCCACGCCCCACUUGCCUUAGAGGAGCUACCCGAGCAACACCAAGCUACGUUACUGGACGAGUGUGUAAAUAUUUUCAAGCGCUUAGUAUUAUUAACAUUAAAAACGAUAUCAGCAACAACAAUAACGAAAGCAAAGACAAGAAGCAGAGCAGCAGCAGCAGCAGCAUCUGCAACAUCUCGUGGUGCCUCAGGGGAGCUAUCUGGCUCCCCGACCCGCAGUCGCUGCCACCUUCGCUGCCUUCGCCUGCCGAUCUACAGCCUCCUGCUCGUCUGCCUGGCCACCCAGGGAUUAGGAUUGGGCGACGCGGCCAAGCCCAAGUCGGCCAAGCAGCACUUCGGCGGCAGCAGCAGCAGCAACAACAACAACCCAAACCAAAACCAAAACCAGAACGAUGUGCUGCCCCAGGCAUCCAACGAGGCGCUGGACGAGGCCGAACUACUCUAUCCCUACCAGUCCGGGGAGCAGAUGUUCGGCCUGGAGGAGGACCAGGACCAGGAGCAGCUCGGCAAUGCCGGCGCCGGCUCCGAUGAGGAUAAUGCGGCCAAUCAACGUGGUAUCAAUGACACGCACAACGAUAACUCGACCACCACGAAAACGCCACUAUUCCCAAAAGAUCUAUUCACGAAAGAACAGCUUGAGAACGGCGCUGUCAUCCUGCACAUCAUUGGGGUGAUAUAUAUGUUUGUGGCGCUGGCCAUUGUCUGCGAUGAAUUCUUCGUGCCUUCCCUUGACGUAAUCAUUGAAAAGCUCGGCAUCACGGACGAUGUGGCCGGCGCGACGUUUAUGGCGGCGGGUGGCAGUGCCCCCGAGCUCUUCACCAGUGUGAUUGGCGUUUUCGUGUCGUUCGACGACGUGGGCAUUGGUACGAUCGUUGGCUCCGCCGUCUUCAACAUCCUGUUUGUGAUCGGAAUGUGUGCCCUCUUCUCCAAGACGGUGCUAUCGCUCACCUGGUGGCCCCUGUUCCGUGACUGCUCCUUCUAUAGCAUCAGUUUGCUGGUGCUGAUCUACUUUUUCCGGGACAAUCGCAUCUUCUGGUGGGAGGCGCUCAUCCUGUUCACCAUCUAUAUUGCCUAUGUGACCUUCAUGAAGUGGAACGUCGAGGUGGAGCAGUGCGUCAAGAAGAUGAUUACCAAAAACAAGGUGACUCGCGUCAGAAGUACAGAUCAACUUAUGCCAGCAGGUAACGCGGCCAACUCCUCGGAAACAUCGAUGGCCACCCAGCCGGGCGGCUCGGUGACAUCGCGUGCAGCCAGCGAGACGCGCUCGGGCCCGCCCGGCUCGAGCACCGCCGGCGGAGGCACAGGUAAUAGCAGCGGCGGGGGCGGCACCUCGGGUAGUACUCAGACCGGUGCCAAGUUCCGCCACGGCCUGUUACAGCUAAUGAUACACACGAUAGAUCCACUACACGAUGAUGAUGUUCCAGGCAAAGUUGACGAGAAGGCGACUCAGCUGCACGCCAUCGCCUCCCUGAAAGUCCUGCUGGAUGCCACGAAGCCGCAGCGCGGUGGCGCCACCACCUCGGCGGCCAAUCACGUCAAGAUCAACCUCAAGGAGACCACCCUCGCCGACCGACCCAACGGCAACAUCGACACCACGCUCGACUCGCCAUCGUUGAGUGGUCGACGUCCUAGCUGGAUUGAGCAGAGGGUCAAAAUUCAGACACGCAAAUUUAGCAUCAAAGCGCCAGAAAUCGAGGAUGAGCCGGAACCACUGAGCAUGGCCUGGCCGGACACGGCCCGAAAGCGGCUCACCUACGUCCUGGUGGCCCCGCUCCUGGUGCCCAUGUGGCUCACACUGCCCGACACGCGGACGCCCCGCGGCAAGCGCUUCUUUCCGGUCACCUUCAUCGGAUCCAUUGUGUGGAUAGCGGCCUUCUCCUACCUGAUGGUCUGGUGGGCCAACGUGGCCGGGGACACAGCGCGCAUUCCGCCCGAGGUCAUGGGCCUGACCUUCCUGGCAGCAGGUACAUCCAUUCCGGACUUGAUUACCUCGGUGAUUGUGGCACGCAAAGGAUUCGGCGACAUGGCCGUGUCCAGUUCCGUGGGCAGCAACAUAUUCGACGUGACCGUGGGCUUGCCGAUCCCAUGGCUGCUCUACGGCAUUAUCUAUGGGGCACCAGUGGAGGUGAACUCGGUGGGCAUGGUUUGCUCCAUAACCAUCUUGUUUAUGAUGCUCGUGUUCGUGGUGCUAUCGAUCGCCUGCUUCCGCUGGCGCAUGAACAAGGGGUUGGGCUUCACCAUGUUUCUGUUGUAUUUUGUCUUUGUCGCCGUGUCGCUGAUGUUCGAAUACGAUCUGAUCACUUGUCCUGUGUAAGGAUCAAGGGCAAAGACAAAAACAGGCAACAGUUACCGAUUGACCGAUCAUGGAUGCCAUAACCGGAAACGGAAACAGAUGCGAAUGAGAAUGCAGAGACGGAUACACAGAUACGUGCUCUGGUGGCAAGUCUCUAUCUUACAUCCAAUUAGCUAAACUAUAUACAAGCAAAUUAAUGAAUGAAUAACAAAUUAAUUAACUGUGGACUAAAGCUAAAUAAUCGAAUUGUUAAACCGACAAAUCCACGCAUACACGCAGUCACUCACAGAUACACACUCACACAAUUCACAGCUACACGAACAAAAUGGCGAAAGCGAAAACGAUAACGAUAACGAUAAAGAUACUGAAUACUGAAUACUGAUACAAAAUAAUAACAAAGACGAUGAAAACUUAACGUUAACAAAAUGCGAGUUAGUUAGUGGCAGCGUUUCUUUUUCGAAAGACAUUUACUUUAAAGUGUUUAGCAGCAGCUUUUUAAUGCAAGCAGCCCCUCUCCUUAUCCUCUCUAUACUCUAUACUCUAUUAACUUUGGUCCCAACUCUAUCGUAUCUAUCUAUGACCUAUGACCUAGUACAACUUUAGAGCGAAAGAAGGAACACGAUCAAUGGCUUCCCAAUCAAGCAAAGAAAACCAACCAAAAAACAUACUAACUAUCUACCUAGCGUUUGGGUUUUAACUAAAAACUAAAAAAAUAGGAACAAGAGGGGCAUGUAUGUAUCUACAAAUCUAUGUAUAUGUAUAUCUUGGCACAAUAGCACCCUAAAUAUACGAUACGAUAGGAUAUGAUACGAUACGAUGAUCCGAAUAAAUUAAAGAAACUGAAAUCCAGAAGAAUCCAAUCGAGCGAACUGUGCUAGAAGUUUUGCAAAGCCUUUAUUUGCGUGCUCUACCAAGAUUUCUCCUUAAAGCUUUAUCCAGAGCCUAUCUAAACUCUAUCUAGUUUAACGACUUAUAAUACAUAAUACUUAUAUACCAACUCACACGCACACUUACAUGGCAUACUAUAUAUUGACCUAUAUUGAUUAAGUGAUAAUUUGCGUACUUAUUGCCCUAAUUCUAAUUCUCCAUUGAGUCUAAUGGAUGGAGCAGAGUGUUAAAUUUAACUUUCAAUUGAAACCAUAUUUAUUAUAGACUAUUUCAAAUCCAAAAACAAAAACCAAACCUACCAAAAGGCGGGAAAAAAAUUAUUAAAAACUUUAAGAAAAAACCAAAUACGAAAUACGAAACCAAACUAAUUUCAUAUACUUUUUGCUUAAUGAAGUCCCAAGUACAUAUAUACGAGCAUAUUAAACGUAUUUAUAUAUAAAUGACAUAUAAGACGAUAUUUAACGAAAUAUGAAACAAAAUCAACUUGCUCUCUUUAUUUAGAAAGGUACGUAACAUUUUUUCUAAACUAAAACCCUAAACUCGUAAUACCAAGUGGCCGUAAAAACUGCAUAGAAAAUGAUGCAAAUGUUGACGAAACGAUGAAUAAAAACCAAAUAAUUUAACAUUAAACGCAUACAUAUAUACACCCAAAUAUAUACAUACAUAUAUAUUUUAUAUAUAACAGAAGAUAAAUUACUAUAUAUACAUAAAUAUAUAUAUGCAACUAUAAUUAAGUAGGCAAUGUAUCUAACGGAUAUCCAAAACGUUUGCAUAUGGCUCGCAAUGAAGUUAAGGAAAUGACAGAACAACAACAACAACACAUACAGAUACAGAUACAACAGACACACACACGGAUACAAUACUAAUACAGAUACCCACACAAGGACACACUCGCACAGACAUAGAACAGAAAGCAAUAAUUUUUAUUAGCAGUGAAUUAAAGGAGCAUCACGCUAUAUACAUAUAUGAGCAUACAUGUAUCUGUACACCCUAUAUACAUACGAUAACAUGUAUGAUACCGUGCAUUUCACUAUAAUUAAAUGGCAGAAAUCGAAAUAUAAUAACUGUACAUUGAAGCAGCUCCAGAAGCCAAGCAAGCUCAGCCAGGCCAGCAGUUCCAAUGCAUGUGGUGGAAGCCAUCGGAAAUAAUUAUAUAUGCGUACUUUACUUACUGAAUGCAGAUUCAAGUGCAGAAAUAACGUAACUAAGUGGCUGCUCUUACACCCCAUGGGUGCAGUGCAUUCGAUUGCACAAAGAUAUAAAUAUAUAUAAAUAAAUAAAUGGAUAAAAAUAAUAUUAAAUAUGCAUAUAGAAUAUGGACAGACCAGAGUCACAACUACAGCGGAAAAGAUGGAAAAAUGGCGCCCGAAGCCAAAAGAAAUACAAACAUAUAUAGGAAAUGGCAACGAGGAUAGAGUCAGGGAAAAAGAUACUGAGACAUUGUAUAAUACUCGAUAGAGGCUUACAUAAGGUCAUUCGCCAGUCCCCAUACUAAAUCCGUUUUAUAGCCCAUUGAAACCUCUAGUCAGUGUGGAGAGUUAACUAUAAAAUAUAUCUUUUUUCAAAACUUGUUACCUUAACAAUAAUAAUUUUUAAUUAUUUUCUUCCUAAAAUAUGAUAACUCCCAAGAUUCAAACCAGGGUUGCUCUCCACACGAAAUUGUUGACUUUAGUCCAUCGAUAUCGAUAACUAGCAAGCUCACUUCUCAAAAGUAGGAUUGCCUCGGUCGCCAGGCUUUAACAGAGACAACUUCCAAGAACAAACAACAAAUUAACUUAAACUUUUAUACAAGCUGUAUGUUUAACUAAAUACAAAAACUAAAUCGAAUAGAAAACCCAAAAAAAAAAAUAUCUUCCAAAUUAACUUUAAAACAAAAUCAUAUUUAUUAUAUAAAAAGCAAAAAAAUAAUUCAAACAAAACACUCAUACUUAAUUACAUCUUAUUAGAACCUAACGAAAAGGACACCCAGCAAUUACUUGUACUAAAGAUUUUCUUCACUCACACACCAACUAUCACACACGCAUUCGAACAUAUCGCGAUCACUUUUCCCUCUAUACUAUAGAGUCUAUCGAUAACAUACAAAUUACAGCGUAGGACCCACUUCCGCACAGGAUCGAACUCUAACCUUAACCUCUCUCUCACCCCAAUAACACCCACAUUUUCCAUACGAAUAAUAGCAUCCAAAAAUGGAAAUAAAUCUCAAUAGACCGUAUUUCAUUUGCCACCUAAGCCCACAUACUAUACUCUAGCCAUCCCACCCGAAAGUCAUUUGCAAA